CUGAACUAUUUUCAGCCGCCCUGUUUAUCACAUACCCAAGAGGAAUCUGACCCAGCCUAGCGUACAUGUUCUAAGACUUCAUAAAUAUCUUAUCCGUCACAGUCUUCACACACAACGACAGAGAGGAUAUUCAAGAUUGUGCAGAGCUCCCAGCAAGCUUCCUUCCCUGAAUAUUGUGUCUGACGGCAGGAUAUAUACAGAUGAACACCAUGGCAUCAACAUGGACGCUCGCUGUGUUACUGUUACUCGGAACCGUCUGUCUGUCCCUGGCCGCACCUCGUGAGAACGACACUAAGAACCCGUGUAAGGGUGACCAGGAGGAGAAGGUGUGGAAGGGGUGCCGGGUAGCAGAGGGCCGCAAGUACUGUGAAUGUGGCAAGGUCACCGCCUGCGACAACCCCUACAAGUUCAAGAGCGACAGAGAAUGCAUGAAGGACCUAUUCAGUGACGUCUGCAACCCGAACCCAUGUAAGAAUGGCGGACGCUGUUCUCAGAAGGGGAAGCAGUACGCCUGUCUGUGUUCCAACACGGGCUUUUACGGACGGAGAUGCCACAAGGCGUGUCCGGAGCCAGGCUCAAUGCUCAUGAUGUCUCCCCGCUUCCCUGUGGACUGUAUCCACGUCGGGUAAACGUCACAGCGCCACCUGCCGCUGCAGUACCACGUCAGCGUGACACGGGGCGUGCAUCGUCUUAGUAAACCUUGCCCUCGUGAAAAUGCUACAAGUUUUCAUGACAACUUUGAAGCACUUGCUUCAAGCCAAUAAAGUAGAUGUGGUUAUAAGCCCACAAAAUGUCUAAAAGAUAGUGUGAAUAACUCGUUAAUAUUGUACAAGAAAACCUCACUGGUUGGUGUAAGUCUAUUGGUAAUGUGUUUUAGUCCGGUGUUGGUUAUGGCAUUAAAUGCGCUACACCGUUUUGUCUGGUCAACACGGCCAGGUGUAUUUGAACUCACGUAACUAUGACGUAGGUGCAUGUAUAUCCGCCAUGUUGGUUGGUUCAACCUGAAAGUUACCAAGUGAAUUUGAACUUGAGUCUGCAAUUACAGUCAAUCAAUUAUGACCAUACGCAUACAAACUUACAGUUCUGACUUUACAAUGGCCUAGUCUCCUUAGCAUGCUCUUUUUUAGUGCUUUUGUAAGAUGGCGUAUCGGUAAUGGGUUUC